UAAAUGCGAGUUAGUUGAUGGUAGUUUCCUGAUUUCCUUCCACACACCCUCUUGAGCUAUAACCUUCGCUCAGUGACUUUGAUUCCUUCGUAAACCAAAAUCCCUGACUUCUACCCUAAUCUCUGCUUCCAAUUCGUGCCAUUUCUAAGCCACCCACAUGGAUUUUCUGGCAAAUCCAUGUCCUUCGCCUCUAUCUGUGCUGUUUUCGUUCCGGAAUUUCGUUGAAAGGGUGAAACAGAUCAGCAGUCUCGCGUUUUCUGCCGUCGUGGGGAACAUCUUCUCUGCGAUCUUGACCUUCUGCUUUGCUUUAGUGGGAACGCUGUUGGGUGCUAUGACUGGAGCGUUGAUAGGCCAAGAGACAGAGAGUGGCUUCAUUAGAGGAGCUGCUGUAGGAGCCAUAUCGGGAGCUGUGUUUUCCCUUGAAGUGUUUGAAUCUUCUCUUAUUCUUUGGCAAACCGACGAAUCUGGGAUUGGGUGUCUGUUGUACUUGAUUGACGUUAUUACUAGCCUACUGAGUGGGAGACUUGUCCGUGAGAGGAUAGGUCCAGCCAUGCUAAGUGCUGUCCAGAGCCAGAUGGGUGCUGUUGAGGCAAGCUUUGACGAGAUUCAAAACCUCUUUGACACUGGAGGUGCCAAAGGUUUAUCCGGAGAUUUAGUUGAAAAAAUUCCAAUAAUAACAAUCACGGGUGACGACAAUGUUGAUGCUUGUGGUGAAAGAGUUUCCUGUUCAGUUUGCCUCCAGGACUUUCAGCUUGGAGAGACAGUUAGAAAAUUGCCCCAUUGCCAUCACAUGUUCCACCUGCCUUGUAUAGAUAAGUGGCUUUUCAGGCAUGGUUCUUGCCCGUUGUGCAGAAGAGAUCUGUAACUUGUAUAUGCAGAUUCAUGACUCGAAUCAUUGUAUUUAGUUAGCAUGAAAAAAUUUUGUACACAGAAAAGGUGUCACUUCGAACCCUAUGUAUUUGGUCAAACAUGCACAAAGUAAUAAAAUUUUAAUGUAGAUCCUGA